AAAAGCGGACGUGGCAAAUCAAAGAAGCAACAAGCGACAACAACAACAACACCAAUAGGAACAACAACAAUUACAACAACUGUUAAACAGGCCGCCUAAAGGCCAAAACGCGCCGCCCCGCAUCGCCCCCCGUCGCUGUCUAAACACAGUUUCGCCCAGUACGAAGCAGCGCUUCUGUAGGCGCACCGGCCGCAACCAUUCCUAUGCCAGCCCGCAAGGGGCUGUUAGCGCCCCAGAAUACAUUCCUGGACACAAUUGCCACACGCUUCGAUGGCACGCAUUCGAAUUUUGUGCUCGGCAAUGCGCAGGCAAAUGGCAAUCCAAUUGUUUAUUGCUCGGAUGGGUUCGUGGAUUUGACAGGAUAUUCACGCGCGCAAAUUAUGCAAAAGGGCUGCUCAUGUCAUUUCCUUUACGGGCCGGAUACAAAGGAGGAGCACAAGCAGCAAAUUGAGAAAAGUCUUUUAAAUAAGAUGGAACUAAAGUUGGAAGUUAUUUUCUACAAAAAGGAAGGUGCUCCCUUUUGGUGUCUGUUUGACAUUGUGCCCAUCAAGAAUGAGAAGCGCGAUGUGGUGCUUUUUCUGGCCUCGCACAAGGACAUCACGCACACCAAGAUGCUGGAGAUGAAUGUGAACGAGGAAUGUGAUAGCGCUGCACUCCUGGGCGCUAGAUUCCGUGCCGGCUCCAAUGCCGGCAUUCUGGGCCUGGGCGGCCUGCCCGGCCUGGGCGGACCGGGGUCUGCUGAUGGGGGAGAUACGGAUACCGGUGAGGGCAAUAAUUUGGAUGUGCCUGCCGGCUGUAAUAUGGGAAGACGUCGCAGUCGUGCGGUUCUAUAUCAGCUAUCUGGUCAUUACAAGCCCGAAAAGGGCGGUGUCAAAACCAAAUUGAAGCUGGGCAAUAACUUUAUGCAUGCAACUGAGGCUCCAUUUCCUGAAUACAAAACGCAGUCGAUAAAAAAGUCACGCUUGAUUUUACCCCAUUAUGGUGUAUUCAAAGGCAUCUGGGAUUGGGUCAUAUUGGUGGCCACCUUCUAUGUGGCAUUGAUGGUGCCCUACAAUGCGGCAUUUGCCAAAGCGGAUCGCCAGACCAUGGUCUCCGAUGUAAUUGUCGAGGCGCUGUUCAUUGUCGAUAUUUUAUUGAAUUUUCGCACAACCUUUGUCUCGCGCAAAGGUGAGGUCGUAUCCAACUCUAAACAGAUUGCCAUCAAUUAUUUCCGUGGCUGGUUUGCCCUGGACUUAUUGGCCGCCCUGCCCUUUGAUCAUCUAUAUGCCUCCGAUUUGUACGACGGCGAGGAAUCACACAUUCAUCUUGUCAAAUUGACGCGUUUGUUGCGCCUGGCCAGGCUAUUGCAAAAAAUUGAUCGAUAUUCACAGCACACGGCCAUGAUUCUGACGCUUCUGAUGUUUUCAUUCACGCUGGCGGCGCACUGGCUCGCCUGCAUCUGGUAUGUCAUCGCCGUAAAGGAGUACGAGUGGUUUCCCGAGAGUAACAUUGUCUUGUUCACAGGUUGGCUGCAGCUGCUGGCUGAGAGAAAAAAUGCCUCUGUUGCCAUUCUAACAACGGCUGAGACUUACUCGACAGCGUUGUAUUUCACAUUCACCAGCCUCACCUCUGUGGGCUUUGGCAAUGUGUCGGCGAAUACAACAGCCGAGAAGGUUUUCACCAUUAUAAUGAUGCUGAUUGGCGCUCUGAUGCAUGCUGUGGUCUUCGGUAAUGUGACGGCCAUCAUACAACGCAUGUACUCACGUCGUUCCCUUUACGAGAGCAAAUGGCGGGACCUGAAGGAUUUCGUGGCCUUGCAUAAUAUGCCCAAAGAGCUGAAGCAGCGCAUUGAGGACUACUUUCAAACUUCAUGGUCACUCAGCCACGGCAUCGAUAUCUAUGAGACGCUGCGCGAAUUUCCGGAGGAGCUGCGUGGCGAUGUCUCCAUGCAUCUACAUCGUGAAAUAUUACAGCUGCCGAUAUUCGAGGCUGCCUCACAGGGCUGCCUGAAAUUGUUGUCACUGCACAUAAAGACGAACUUUUGCGCACCCGGCGAAUAUCUGAUACACAAAGGCGAUGCACUCAACUAUAUAUAUUAUCUGUGCAAUGGCUCCAUGGAAGUGAUCAAGGACGACAUGGUUGUCGCCAUUUUGGGCAAGGGCGAUCUCGUGGGCUCGGACAUAAAUGUGCAUCUGGUUGCCACCAGCAACGGACAAAUGACCGCUACCACAAACAGCGCUGGCCAGGAUGUUGUCGUACGCAGCAGCAGCGACAUAAAGGCGCUCACCUACUGCGAUCUGAAGUGCAUACACAUGGGCGGUCUGGUGGAGGUGCUCCGACUAUAUCCGGAGUACCAGCAGCAGUUUGCGAAUGACAUACAGCAUGAUCUGACAUUCAAUUUGCGUGAGGGCUACGAGAAUCAAGAAUCGGACAUUGGACCCACAUUUCCGUUGCCCAGCAUCAGUGAGGAUGAUGAGAAUCGUGAGGAGGCCGAUUGCAAUGGCGAACAGGAUAAGGAACCUGCAGCAGCUGUUGGCGGAAUUGCAGGCGGUCCUCUGUCAACAUCAACAUCGCCUUCGCCGCAUCACAGCAUCACACGGUCGCCGCUGCUGGGCAUGAAUAGUCCGCGUCAUCAGCGAUUGCAUCAGCGUGGACGCUCCUUGAUAACUUUGCGGGAGCCAAACAAACGACAGCGUCCGCUAAACAUGGCCAACAGCUUGGAUCGCAACUCCUUUGAGGAGGUGGAGCCCACCAUUGAGGAGGAGGCGGGCGGCAAACGUCCCUCGCUGGAGCGUCUCGACUCGCAGGUGUCCACACUGCAUCAGGAUGUCGCCCAGCUGAGCGCUGAGGUGCGCAAUGCAAUUAGCGCGCUGCAGGAAAUGACUUAUUCAUCCGCUGCCAUGAGCUCGCAUGGUUCGCUCAAAUUUCCACCGGCGCGUUCCAUACCCAACAUCAGUGGGGUUGCGGCAGCAAGGGCUGGCCUGGGUUUGGCUGGCGGCGAUGUGCCGCUAAUGGGCGGCACUUUGGCCAUGGGCAUGGUUAACGAUGCGGCGGCCUUGCAGCGCAGCUCCUCACACCCGCCCGAGGUGUGGGGACGCGAAAUGCAGCUGCCGGCCAUGGGCACAGCGCCCAGCUCAAAGGCCGCGUCGCCGGCCAGCGUGGAGCCAGCCACACCGAAGACGAGUCGCAGCUGUCAAACGGAUUUCUAUCGCAUCGAUUUUCCCACCUUUGAGCGCUUUGUGCUGGCCAAUCCGCGCCUGGUGUUGGGCCUGCUGGGCAUUGAGCCGGCCAUCAAGAAUGAAAUUGAGCUCUUGCAGCAGAAGCAAGUGCUGCAAAUCUCGCCACUAAAUACCAUCGAUGAGUGCGUCUCGCCGCUGGCAACGGAGCCCAGCUUGAGCAGCUCCAAGGAACGUUUGCCGCCGCCGCUGGCAACUGGACGCGUCUAUCCGCCGCUGGAUGAUGAGAACUCCAAUGAUUUUCGCUGGACCAUGAAGCAUUCCGCCAGUCAUCAAAGCUGUUGCAAGAGCACCGAUGCACUGCUAACGCCUGAGGAGCAGCCAGCUGGCCAGGAGCUGCUCCAGGAGCAGCAACAACUGCAAUCACAACAGCAACAACAACAGCCGCAGCAGCAGCAGCAACAGCAUCAGUUGCACCGCAGCAAACGGGGCAUGCGUCGCAGCGGCAGCGGUGGCAGCAACUCCAGCCUAUCCAGCAGCAGCUCCGGCUCCAACUGUCUCGUGUCGCAGAGCACCGGCAAUCUGACCACCACCAACGCCUCGGUGCACUGCAGCAACAGCAGCCACAGUGUCGCAAAUACGCGACGCGCUUCGUGGAAGCUGCAGCAUUCGCGCAGCGGCGAAUACCGACGCCUGUCCGAGGCAAAUGCCGAGUACUCGCCGCCGGCAAAGAUACCUGUGCCCGUGCCAGCUGCCAGCGUGGCCAGCUAUGGCCUGGACGAAGAGGAGAGCAUUGAGCUCCUAGGACCCAGGCGCGGCUCGCGCAGUGCCAUGGUUGAUGUGGGCAGCGGCAGCGGCAGCAGCGAAGCAGCCAACGGCAUUGUCGCCGGCAAGCAGCGCAGUCGGUUUUUGUUAGGCGUCAACCAGAGCCAGGCACAGGGCCAGAGCCUGGGACAGACAAUGAAUUUCCGCUUUUCCGCCGGCGAUGCGGAUAAAUUGGAGAAGGGCUUGCGUGGUUUGCCCUCCACGCGCUCAUUGCGCGAUCCCAACGCAAAGUAAGCGGGAUGUGGGGGCUGCGGGGCUGCAUUGUUUAUGCUGGGCGUUUUGUUUUGGCAGCUGGCAAUUGGGCUGAAAGGUGGGAAAGGGAAAGGGUGGCUUUUGGUUUCCAUGAGGGUGGGCUGUGGCUUCAAGGUUGCCAAACGUGGGCAGACGUGUGUGGAUUCAUUUACAUGCAUGCCGACGUGCGUGAUUUAUUUGCUAAUUAAUACUGAAAUACGAAGACGCUUUUACUUUUAAUAUCUAUAAGAUAUCAACAAAUACAGUUACAGUUAUACACACACGCGCGCACACACACACAAACACACACAUUGAUUAUAAAUUUAUUGCCCUUCAGUUUUGCUUAAUUUGUUUUAUUUGUGCGUUGAGCGUCUUAUCAAGUUUCACUGAUAAAAGCCACAAAAUAAAAAGAUUAUUGUGUCGAUUAAGUUCGUUUUUAGUAAGCUUUCACGAGCUUGUGAUUGGCUUUCAAUAGCAGGCUUCGUUGCAAUACAUAUCUGAAAGCACAUUAAAGCUUUCGCGUGGAUUCCUAGUUGCAUGCACAGAUAAAAAAUAUAUUACAGACAGUCGAGCUAUGCUCUCAUAAGCGAUUGACUUUAAUAGCACAUUAAAGCUCAGAAGCCAUAUG